UUAAUUAACACGAGAACUACCGGCUUUUUCGAUGUACGCGUUUCUCCAUUCAAAACCAACCAGUUUGAAUGGUCUGGUAAUUCUAGUGUUAAUUAAAACUCAAUUGCCAAUCGGUGUUCAAUUGAAUUAACCCCUUGAACUGGAAUUUAUUUUCAGUCUGCACUGCUCAGGCAGACAAUUUGAUUUUCUUAGUUUCAAGAGGAGAGGGGGAUUCAUAUAAAAACUUACAGCUUUGCUGCUCAGUAUGUUGCGUCGUCCAUUUGCUUUACCGCGAUAGCUGGCUACAUAAAUUUAUGCAAACUAAAUUCAAACUCUUGCACUCUAGAAGCAUGCAAACAACUGUAUUAAAGCGAUAGACUUACUACGACUUAUUUCUCUGAAAAAAAGCUUAAAGUCUCAAUUUCGGGCGAGUGCAGCUCGUUAUUGUUACUUUACUCAAGAAGAUUCAUGACGAACCGGUCAUUUCAAUUCAAAGGGCUUAUCUGCAAUUCUGUUUACAAGCUUCCGUAGGCUAAAUCGAAACUGAUGUUUCAUCACCUGUACCUUUUCCUUUUCGUUCAGGGGAUGAAACCGUCUACCGCCGAGUACUGGCUACUAAAGGAGAUAUCCAAUCUGGAUACUUUCGGCCAGGAGAUGUUCCACAGUAAAUUUGGUUACAACGGAGUGUCGAUGAUUGGUGUCGGGCCACAUGGUAUCACGGUUUAUCGCAGUCACGACGAGGAAAUGCAAAAUAUACCUUACACGGCGAUACAAAGCGCAACGUCCCAGCGUCGAAUGUUUCAUUUGGUUUACCUAUCUCUCGACGGCGGGGAGACUUCGUUGAAUUUUAAAUUAGACUCGAGCCAAUCGGCCAGCGGACUUUACCGGGCGAUCACCGAGAAGCACGCGUUUUACAGCUGCGAGACCGUCAGGAGCGCUGUAACCGCCCAAUUUAUACGGGACUUGAAGGUAAUCGGCUACUACAUGUUUUAAGCAUUCGUUAUUGUU